AUAACAUAGUGUUUCUGUUUGUCAGUCAUCUCUUCAGGCCUGCAGUCUCCUCACAUUAUCAUCAUGGCAAUGAACGGCUCAGCAGACAUCUUGAGCUCUGCAUACCUGGCUGUGGAGUAUGUUGAUGCAGCACUGCCAGAAAAUCCCCUCCAGCCCUCCCUGAAACACGCCUGGGACUACAUGCUGGACAACUACACCAAGUUUCAGAUUGCCACCUGGGGGUCUCUCAUUGUCCAUGAGUUCAUUUAUUUCCUGUUCUGCUUGCCUGGUUUCCUUUUCCAGUUCAUGCCCUUCAUGCAAAAAUAUAAGAUUCAACAGGACAAACCAGAGACAUGGGAGAAACAGUGGAGAUGUUUCAAGAUGCUGCUGUUUAACCACUUUUGCAUCCAGCUACCUUUGAUCUGUGGGACAUACUACUUCACUGAGUUCUUUAACAUCCCUUACGACUGGGACUCCAUGCCACGCUGGCCGUAUGUCCUGGCUCAGUGUUUUGGCUGCGCUGUCGUUGAAGAUGCCUGGCACUACUUCCUCCAUCGUCUGCUGCAUCACCGCAGAAUCUACAAAUACAUCCACAAAGUCCACCAUGAGUUCACUUCUCCGUUCGGCAUGCAGGCAGAAUAUGCUCAUCCUGCAGAGACUCUUAUCCUGGGAGCGGGUUUCUUCAUUGGCAUCAUGCUCUUCUGCAACCAUGUGUUCUUCCUGUGGGCCUGGGUGUCCUUCCGCCUGCUGGAGACCAUUGAUGUCCACAGUGGCUAUGACAUCCCUCUAAACCCACUGCACCUGAUCCCGUUCUACGCCGGAACCCGUUUCCACGACUUCCACCACAUGAACUUUACAGGGAACUAUGCCUCUACCUUCACCUGGUGGGACAAGCUGCUGAAGACAGACGGCCAGUUCAACAAGUACAUGCAGAAACAGGGAGACAAGAAGGAGCAGUAAAGGUCCUCAAUGCUUCGGUUCAUCUGUUGAUACACUCACAACUGGUCUGCGUGGAGGAAGAAGGGGGCAGCAGAACAGACACAAUGAGCACACACAAACUCUGAUGAUUUUGGGACAUACAGUUAACAAACACUACAGGUGUACUUGAAAGCAAUCAGACUGACUCUGGUUUGAUUCUGAAUCAAACAGUUUGUUGAUUUCAGUGUGUCAUCUGUGCCUCUCUGCAAAAAGAUAGUACUGUUGUCCUCUUCUGCCAACAGCUGUUGACUGAAUAAAAGCAUCAACAUCCUCA